GUAAGGAUGAAGGCACCUUGCGAGCGUAUGACUUCCUCCAGGAUCGCGUGGAUAGAGAAACAGUACCUGUACUGGUUCACGACCUGGUCCUGGACAUGAAGCGGGAGGGUCAUCGAAUGGAGGCAGACAAAUUACGCGAAGCCUACGGCCUUGAGGAUUUUCCAAUGUUAAAGGUGCUGCGGGACGCCGAGAAGGAUGGUCUUUUGGCCGUGGCAGUAUCAAACGACUUUGCAGCAGCU